CUGGGCUCCCCAGGCUGCUCAGUCCAGCUCCUCAGCGCUCACUGUUUGCUCAGCUGAACGCUCAGCCGCAGGAAUCAUGAAGCUGGCCCUGUCUCUGCUGCUGGUCACUCUGGCCCUUUGCUGCUCUGAUGCAAAUGCAGAAGUGUGUCCAGAGCUUACUUCUGUAAUGUCAAACUUCAUGUUGUGGCCUAAAGAGCGCUUCAACAACCAGAUUCAAAAAUUCGAUGCACCUGCUGCCGCUGUACAGGCCGCACUGCAAGGGAAGACAUGCGUAGACAAACUCUCCCUGUGGGACCGAGUAGCACUUGCCCAGUUUGUGGAGCUAUUAAAGAUCUUGUGUAACAAGCAGCUUAUAUAAACCUCACCUAUGAGGGCCCCUGCUUUCACUGAUGCCCUGACCUUCCCUGGAAAAUGUAGAGGUUUCAACGUCUUGCUUCAAUAAAUCACUUGCCCUGCA